AUGGCCGACAGCGGCGGCACGGGCAGCUCUGGGUCCUGGUGGAAAUCGCUAACCAACAGCAGAAAGAAAAGCAAGGAAGCCGCGGUAGGGGCGCAGCCUCCCGCCCAGCCUGCCCCCGGGGAGCCCGCGCCACCCAGCGCCGACUCGACUGGCAGCUCCCGGGAGAAUCAGCACCCCAAUCUCCUUGGGGGCGCCGGCGAGCCCCACAAGCCGGACAAGUUGUGCGGGGAGAAGUCAGGCAGCAGCCGCCGCAAUUUGAAGAUCUCGCGCUCCGGCCGCUUUAAGGAGAAGAGGAAAGUGCGCGCCACUCUGCUCCCCGAAGGAGUCAGGUCCCCUGAGGAGGCGGGCUUCCCUGGUGACCCCCACGACGACAAGCAAUAGCCACAGCGCGGCGGGACUGUCUUUCUCCCCGCCACUCCUCCCUACCCUAGCCCGAGAAUUGCGGCCCGCCCCAGUACCUGGUUCUAAUCCCACCAACUUCUGAGUAUUCACACAAGGCCUCCACGAUUUUAAUUUCCUGGAAAUUGAAGUGUCGGUUAAGUUUUCAAUAUUUCAUGGCUCGAGGAGGCACUGAAUAUGUACUUGUGGUAAGCGAAGAUACCUGCCACAGAGGAAGUUGGCAUAAUCCUUUUUUUCCCCCAAGAGUGGCCCCUUGUGCCACCUGGGGAGUGAGAAGGGUACUUCUCUGAGUGGGUCACUCACCUGGAACUGCACAGCCCCUCCAACGAGGAAGCAGUGCUCCGAUUCAGGACUCGCUAUUGGAGAGCAAAUCACACUGCUGUUUUCAAGGCCAGAGAAAUGCACUUUAGAAGUACUUGUGUAGACUCGUACCUAAGGGAAGGGCUGAGAGGGAGCAGGAAGCAUUCUUAGGUAGAAGCAUUAGAAGUAAGGCAAGGUUGCUUUUAAUGUUGAACUACAAAACUGUACUGCCUGUUUUAGUGUGGACCAUUAAACCCGCUGCACCCUAA